AUGAGAGCAAGGAAAAGAACUGCUACAUUUUAUGAAUUCCAAAAAAAAUUAAACAUUGAAUCUAAAGCUAAUGAUAGAAUUCGAAAAAUCAAAAAUUUUUCAGAUACACGGUGGACGUCCCAUGACCGUGUUAUUACAGUAAUACAUGAUAAGUAUGAAGCUUUAAAAAAUACUUUAGAAUUGCUAUCAGAAUCCACAGACAGAGUAACUGCUUCAAAUGCAAAAUCGUUUCUACAAAUAAUUUCUUCGUUUCAUUUUGUAUUGGUUCUUAAGCUAAUGAAAAGUAUAUUCACAAUAACUACACCAACUUCAUGUUAUCUGCAAUCAAAAAGCAUUGAUUUUAUUCAAGCAAUUAAAUUGGUAGAUGAAACUAAAAAAAGAUUAUUAGAAUUGCGUUCUGACAAAUAUUUCCAAGAACUUGUACCAAAUACCAAACAAUUUACUAAUGAACAGAAUCUCUGUGAAAAUGAUUUUAAAAAAGUCCGAACGAGGAAAACUAAAAAAAUGCCUGGAGAAAAUGUACAAGAUGAAAUUAGUUCCUCAGCAUCAGACAGGUUUAGAGUGAACACAUAUUAUAAAUGUUUGGACCAAAUAACUUCAUCUAUAGACAAUAGAUUUAGUAAUGCUAGAGACAUACUGAAAGAUCUUGCGUUACUAUCCCCAGAGCGGUUAAUGGAAGCUAAAUAUAAAUCGGAAAUGGAUCUUCCAGAUAGAUGUUUUUUAGAUUUGGCUACAUGGAUAACUGAUAUUAAUCCAUACCAACUUAAAACUGAAUAUUUAUUAUUCAGCAAAAGCUUAAAAGAAUUGAUUAUUGGAAUGAAAUUCCCAGAUAAUCAAUCUAAUGAAUCACUUGAUAUUAACACUGAAGAGGAUUCAUCGGAAGAUGAACAUCAAAAUAUUACGAGCAAACCAAAACAGAACAUAACACUAGGAACUAUAUUAAAUGUUCUCUCAAGUUUUGACAUUAUGAGUGCCUUUCCGAAUUUGUAUUGUGCUUAUAAAGCAUUAUGUACAAUUCCAGCCUCAUCAGCCUCAGCAGAAAGAAGCUUUUCAAAGGUUAAAUUGAUCAAAACUAGACUUAGGUCGACAAUGUCACAACAAAGGUUGGAGAGUUUAAUGUUGAUCUCGUGUGAAAGAGACAUACCCAUUGAUAUCAAUGAAGUUAUAAACAAAUUUGGACUGUCAUCAAGUGUAUUGAGAAAAGAAUUAAUGUUUGGAUAA